AUGAAGUUCACGCUAUCCUUGAUUGUUCUCUGCCUGGCUGUUGCCGGAGCUUUUGCCGGCUACGGCUACGGCCUCGGCUACGGAGGCUAUGGAGGCUACGGUGGAUACGGCGGCUACGGCCUGUACGGAGGCUAUGGAGGCUACGGCCUCGGUGGAUACGGUGGAUACGGCGGCUACGGCCUCGGCGGAUACGGAGGAUAUGGAGGCUAUGGUCUUGGCGGAUACGGCGGAUAUGGAGGCUACGGAGGCUACGGAUACUUCGGCUGA